UUCAUCCUCUCCUACCAAUCUCCUCUUCUUUUUCUUUUCUUAUACUCUUAAUUCAACAUGUUGACGCGCUUAUUGAUGGAUUAAAAGAGUAGAGGAGUUGGAAUGCCCCAAAAAAAUCGGAUUUUUCCAUAGUUUAAAGGAGUUAUCUGACUCUACUUUUUAGUCGAUUUAUCCUAAUUUUGAUGUAACAUUACGUGAUAUUUUGCAUUUGUUUGAUUUUAGGGCCUGUACAUUUCGUAGGAAAUAAUCUAAUAUUUGUUGAUGACUUUUACGUGAUUUAUUAGGCAAUUAAGUUACUGUAAAUUUUAUUAAUUGUGAAGCAAUUAUGUUUUCAUUUGAUGCUUAUUACUUAUGAGUGAAAUUUUUUAGUACACUCCCAAAAUAUGAUAAUUUUGUUGAUGUAAGAUGUAGUGUAUGAUGAAUUAAUCGAUAUAAUGUUCGCUUGCAGGAAUUAUUCUCAUGCUGUCAUUUAUAUGGUAGAGUGCAUUGCAACCAUUUUAAUAUUUACUUGCUGAUUUAUCAGGUCCAUUUCAUAAUUUAUGUGGUAUUUAUGUUGUGUGCUCUUCUAGCAGGUACUUAUUCUUUAGCUUUUGCUUAUAUUGAACAGGAAAGGGGCAAAAAACAUGUUAAAUUGGUUAAAAGAAGCAAUUUUGUAGUUGGAGCAUCUGAAAAUGUGAAACCACAUUCAUGGAAAUCGACGACAAGGGAACAGAUAAUAACGAACGGACCGCAGACCACCUCCUCCAGUGGACCCAAUGGCAGCUGCUCGAUUCCAUUCUUCCCACAGGUGGUUUUGCUCAUUCUUAUGGGCUCGAGGCCGCGAUUCAAGCGCGCAUUGUAUCAAGCCCUCAGAAUCUCAAAUCCUUUAUCAUCCAAGUUCUAGAGAACACCGCAACCCUGCUCCUCCCAUUCGUGCAUUGCGCGAAUAAAUCCCCCGAUAUCGACAAUUAUGCCAAACUUGAUAAAUUGCUCGAAGCAACUUUAACCAACGAAGUCGGCAGAAAAGCUUCUGCUUCUCAAGGUGCAGCGCUUUUGAGAGUAGCCGCUUCUGUAUUUUCUGAGGCUCCGUUACUCAGGAAAAUCCGGGAAUCGUUUAUGGGUUCGAGAGAGGUUUCUUUCCACCACGCGCCCGUUUUCGGGCUCAUAUGCGGGCUUACCGGCUUCGACAGUGGUACUUCUCAGCGGGCCUACAUGUUCAUUACCAUGCGAGAUGUUAUAUCUGCCGCCACGCGGCUUAAUUUGGUUGGUCCACUUGGCGCAUCGGUGUUGCAGCACGAGAUCGCGCCCGUUGCGGAAGAGACGGUGAGGAGAUGGAUGGACCGUUCGGUUGAGGAGGCGUUCCAAACUGCGCCUUUGCUCGACACGGUUCAGGGCUGUCACAGUUACCUGUUCUCCAGGCUAUUUUGCUCAUAAUAGUUGCUGUUCAAUUGAAAUUUAUUAUUUUUGUUCACUUUGCGAUUGUACCCAUUUUGUCCUUGAAUUUGUUGUCAGUUUUUUUUUUCCCUUUUUUUUUUUUUUUUCAUGCAUGUAAAAGGCCAAUGCUCGGCGAAGGAAACAAUCUCUGAGAAUAAUAUUGAAAUCCAAACUAUUUUUUUCUGUA